AUGUCGUCAUCCUCAAAGGCGAAGCUGGAUCAAAAGCUGAAUGGUUACGCCCAACUUAACCCAACGGACAAGACCAGGGACUUUCUCCGUGACUUCUUCAAGGUCCUUUCUCCUGACGGACAGAAACACCUGGCGGAUGACGUUUCUGAGUGUGCAAACGAUGAGCAGCUUCAGCAACUAGUCCGAAGCAUUGAAAAUAGUUUAUUGAUUCCUUUGAAAGCACAGGGUGGCAAAACACCCACUGAUAUCACUCCAUCUCCACGCCCUGGCGUUGAAGGUUCAAUCGAGAAUUUUAAGGGCCAAAAUACCGAGCCCAUCACUAGAGGCCCUCAAUCGCAACUCCAGCACCACUGUUUAGAAAGAGAUGGCUAUAAAUGUGUUGCAACGGGGAGGUACAGUGGCAAUCACGCCCAUCCACAGAAUGCACCCACGACUUAUCUUGAAGCAGCCCAUAUUAUUCCAUUUGCACUUGGAUCCUUUCAGUCAAAUGACCAUGAGGCAGUGAAUAGACAUGCAAAGAUUUGGGUCAACCUAAGGCGCUACUUUCCGGUUCUUCGCCGGUUGUCCUUUACCUCAGAACAAAUCAAUUCGGAAAAGAACGUCCUAAUGCUAAGCAUGAUGCUUCAAAAAGAAUUCGGACAACUUACAGUCAUUUUUGAAGCAACCGGGGUUGCUCACCAAUAUCGUAUCAAGACUUUUCCAGACGCCGUCACAGAUGCGAUACAAAAUUUACCCAGAAAUCGGCUUGUCAAAUUCAGAGUUCACAAAGGAAAUUGGGAACUUCCAGAUCCCGCGCUUCUCAAAAUCCACGCUUGUAUUGGAAAUUUUCUACAUAUGAGUGGCCAGGCGGAGAUUAUCGACAAGGUUCUGAAAGAUUUCGAAGAUUGUGGUGGGCUUGCCCCGGACGGAAGCUCCAACCUUGAAGACCUUCUUGCAGUGAGCCGCCUCUCAUUGCUACCCACGAAUGUCAACGAAACGCCCGAUUCCAAGAAGUCUACAGAGAAGCAACGUCCUAUGGAGCAGCAAGGACGCCAACAGGCGAAACGUUUUGACACUGAGAAUCAACCAUGGGGAUACUAA